AUGGCGGUGGAGGCGUCGGGCCCGCUGACGGCGCUGUGGGUGACGGUGCUAGCGCUGUCGGUCCUCUACAUAGCCGUGUUCCUGGCAAUAGCCUACUUCAACGCCCACCCGGAAGCGAUCCAUGCGAUGAGGCAGCUGCAGCUGCGCAUGCGGCGUCACGGCAGCGCCGGACGGCCUGGCGAAGGGCGCGCACCCGAGCGACGCGGCGGCGCGGCAGAUGCAUCGGUGGAUGGGUUGGAGGACGGCACGCCGGCUUCAAGCGGCGGCAGCCCGCGCAAGCUGCGGCAGGGCGCGCCUGAGCACGCCGUGGACGACGGAGACGCCAGCGCGGCGGACGAGUGUUCCGCCGAGGCCGCAGCAGCGGCGGCGCCGCUGCACGCGCAGGCCGUGGACCUCGAGUGGCGCUCGCUGUCGCUGAGCGUUGCGGGGGGCGGGGGCCGGCGGCAGAUCCUACGGGAGAUAUACGGCGCCGCCGCGCCAGGGGAGCUCCAGGCACUGAUGGGCCCCUCAGGCGCCGGCAAGUCGACGCUGCUGGAUGUUCUGGCAAUGCGCGUGCGCAGCAGCCGCACCCUGGCCGUCGAGGGCGCUGUGUUGGUCAACGGCCGGCCGCGGCGAGAGCAGCAAUUCUCCAAGAUCAGCGCGUACGUGCCUCAGCACGACAACUUUGUCCCGACUAUGACGGCCGACGAGACAGUGGGGUUCUACGCUGCCGUGAUCCUGCCCCCGUCCACGUCAGCGCAAGAUCGUGCCGACCGCUGCCAGGGCGUGCUGCGGCUGAUGGGCCUCACCGCGCAGCGCCACACGCUGGUCGGGGGCAGGCUGCCUGGGGGCAUCGCACUCCGCGGCCUCAGCGGCGGCGAGCGGCGGCGGCUGGCCAUCGCGGCGGGCGUGGUGGCGGGGCCCAGCCUUGUCUUCCUGGACGAACCCACGACCGGCCUGGAUUCCUUCGCGGCGCUCAGUGUGUCGCGCUUCAUGCGGCGCACUGCUGACGGCGGCCACACCCUGCUGGCCUCGCUGCACCAGCCGCGCGCCGCCAUCUGGUCGCUCUUCGACAAGGUCACACUGCUGAGCCAGGGGCGGCUGAUGUUCCAUGGCGCCGCCCGCGACAUGGUGCCCUGGUUCCAGGGCCUCGGCUACGCCUUUGACGCGCGGCUGCACGGCUCGGCCCCCGACUGGGCCCUCGACCUUGUCACCCUCGGGUUCACCAAGCGGGGCAGAGCCUGGGACGACGGGCAGGCGGAAAAUGGUCGCGCUGAUCAGGGCGAGGGCGGCGCGGCGGGCAAACAGCAGCACGUGCAUACACGCGUCGCCGCUGGCAGCAGCGGCGCCGCCCACGACCCCCUCAGCCUGCGGCUGCGGCGGCUGCAGCGCCACUACCGCGCGCUGCUGUGGCGCGAGGCCGUCAGUCUCGUGCGCAACCCUGCUGACGUGGCGGGGCGCAUGGCGAUGUUUGCGUUCGUUGGGGUGCUCAACGGGCUGGCACUUUACGGGAUCAUAUCCUUUUACAUGUACAUGCCCUUCAUCUUCAUGGGCCUCUUCUGGAGCGACCGCACGUUCUUCUUGAGCGAUGCAGCAGCGCGCCUCUACAGCCCGGCAGCCUACUACGCCGCUAAGGCACGGACCGCGGUGACGGCCGUGCUGCCCUUCAACAUCGCCUCCGCCCUGUCGUUCCAGCUCAUCACCUACGGCAUGACCGGCCUGCGCCAUGGCGCGGAGAACGUGCUGCGCAGCGCUAUCAUCAGCGUGCUGAUGUCGCUGACAGCCACGCAGCCCUGA